AGACUUGAGAAGUGAAUCCUGGGAAGUGUAGUUAACUGACACUUGCUUUGUGCGUAAUACAUAUGUUUAAUUUUUGACAGAUAACAGAUUUCAAAAUGUCCAACUUGAGUGUCAGUGAAGAUGGAACACAGGAGAAUCUUGGGUUUUCAUUAAGCAAAGCAGUGGAGGAUGUCAGUCAACACGGCUAUGUCCAGAUUGAGGCCCUGGGGGAGAAACAGAAGACACUCAGCUGCCUGCAGGCAACUCUUUCAGAUGCUGAGAAGAAAGGUGAGAGGGCAGAGCAGGAGCUGAGAUCUAAAGUGAGGGAAAUCCUAGUGCUGGAGGGGGGGAUAGAGCACCUGGAGAGGCAGACUGAAGUCCUGCAAGUUUGUUGUGCAUCCAUCAGCAAGGACAACACGGAACUUCAGAUUCAUAUAAGCGAGGAGGAAGAGAAGGCUCGCAUGGCAGUGGAAGUGUUCACCAUUUACCGAAACAAGAUGGAGAGUCACAGAGCAGAUGUUCAGCGUGUGGCGAGCCAGACGGAGGCCCAUAAAGAGCUUGAGGAGAGAAGAGCCCUGGUCAGGAUGCUCACACAGAAGAAAGAUGACCUGAAGGAGGAUUUGGAGAAUCCAAAUGGAAAAACAGUGCAGUUGGCAAAGAGAGAGAUUGAUGCUCUGAAGGGGAAGAUUGCUGUGAUGAGGAAGACCAUAGCUGAGAAGAGGGAGCAUUUACAAAAAGAGUUUGAGACUCAUACUCAAAUAAAGAAAGAUAUAGAGAUCCAGAACAAACGCUACGAAGCCAUUGUCAAGCGUCUCCACUGCCAACUGAGCAGGGCCCAGGCUGCCUACAGACAAAUGUCUGAAGAUAUCUACCACAUGGAGAGACAGCUAGCUGAGCUGAAGCGGCAGCAGGAGUCAUCACAGGAUUCAGAUCAUUAAACUGUAAUGUCUGGCUUGUCUAAUUGGGAUAAACAUGCUUUAUGAUACCAUCUUAUCUGAGUUAAUUAAGUUGGUGUCAACCUGUAUAUUGGGCCUGUUUGUUAAAAGAGGAAUCGUUGCUGUUACUACAGAUGAACAACUGAGGGCAGCAAUGUCAACUAAAUGUUUGUUAACUCAUGACCCACUCACCUGUUAAUAUCAGACAAUGUGACUGUGUUUCUUUAAAUGCACUGGUUUUGUCAUAAAGGAACCAUAAGUAUUAAAACAUUUAUUUGUUGUCACAUCAUUUGAUUUCCUGUGAUAACAUCAGCAGGGCGUGGGAUGGGAUCUUAGCUCAGGUGGUGACAGUGACUUGGUUUGCCCAGUGAGUGUCAACACCACUGACCCCUGCAAAGCGAAAGCCAAAAGACCACUCUCUAACUGUCAAUGGGAUUUUGGAACAUGCUGCUGUAGCUUCCGCUUCACUGCGUCGCUUGAUGGUGUGCUAGAUGACAGACCUGCUGUCGGCUAACAAGGGUGUGAGUGUGCUACUUCAGCCAUAACUCAGAACUAACUGAACAAUGAAAUCACCUUUUCACAACAUUAUUCCACAUUAGAAUAGGUUUCGUCAGCUUCUGUCUGCUAACCACCAAAACCUGUGACAUCAAGUGUGUUUCCAGGACAGAAAAGCACAGGUUUCUU